AUGAGAUAUAGUGAAUCAGAUCUGUUCAAGAAGUACCGUGUGGCAAAUAGGAUAACAUCAGAACAUGCUUUGAUGGUGCAGCAGGUUGAUGAAACUGUGCAUGUGGUGUCGAUGACUCAGAAUGGAUAUCUGAUUUAUGAUGCAAAUAAACUGAACCUGGUGUUUUGUGGACCGAUGUUUUAUAGGGUUGAUUGUGGAUAUCAACAUAACGGCGUUGUUUAUGUGUGCUCUGGCAACAAAGUUUAUGCUACUGUGCGUGGAGAAAUAAUUAAAACUGUUUUGUUGCAUGAAGGCAGUGAAAAGUCCAAUAAGCGAGUAAAAGUUGCAGAUGAAGACUGCAAUAGGGUUGUGAAGCAGAUGAUUGGAUUUGGGAGCAUUAUUCUACUCUUGAAAGAGAAUGAGCUGGUUGUAACGGAAGAUCUUAAUGAGAUGUACAAGAUUGAGCACGAAGGCAUAGCGAUGCUUUUUCAUCCGCACACAUAUGUGAACAAGGUGAUUAAGGUAAUGCAAGGAGGAGAGAUGGUUCUUUUCAAUGUGAUGUCUAGGAAGAUUAUAUACACAUAUACUGCGUUUGGGUCGAUGAUAAGUGUGAUAGAGCAGAGUAGUGUUAUUGAUAUAGUGGGAAUAGGUCUAGAAGAUGGGACUAUUCAUAUUUUUAACUUGAAGUCUGACAAGAUGCUAUUUUCGUUGAAGAUGAAUGGAAGGGUGAAUGAGAUGAGUUUUGCAGGAAACUUGUUGGUAGCAGUGAGUGAUGCUGAUAUGGCGGUUUUUGAUCUAGAUGACAGGAGAAAGAUGAUGAGUGUGAAGGGAUUGACAUCUGAAGGAAAAAAGAACUAUGAUGCGGAUGAGGAUGCUGGUAUAAGAGGACACAAUCGGGUGAUAAGCGCACGGUUGAUUGAUAACAAGUCUGUGGUGCUUUCUACAGAGAAUUCGAUAAGUAUUUAUGAGAUAAAUAAUUACACUCUUGAGCUGAUCAAACGAAGGAGUGUUUAUAACGGAGAGAUUGUUGGGAUGGAGUUUGUUAAUAGAAACACUGUGCUUCUUUUUGGCCCAAGAAGUAUCUUUAGCACAAAUAUCUACAAAGAUGAGCAGAAUUUCAUGUUCAAAUUCAAGGGAUCAGUUGAGAUGAUGGAUGUGAAUCACAAUGUCGUGUGUUUUGGAAACAAACAGCUACAUGCUCUUGAAGUUAACGAGAAGAGGUCUAGGCUUGUUAUGAAGAAGGAUAUGAAAUGUCUGGCUGUUUACAAGGACUUCUGCUGUUUUGGGAAGGAUAAGGUAUUUCUGAUAAAUCUCAAGUCAAAGUUGGUGCAUGCCAGAUUUUGUGUUGGAGAGGAUCUUGUUGAUAUAGCAAUGGAUUUAGAUCAGAUAGUUGUUGCUACGGUAUCUGGCUUGCAUUUCUAUUCAAUGAAGGGUGAGAUGAAGUCGAAAUAUGAAUGUACAGGAAUCCGAUCGAUUAAGCUAGUUGAGAACUUUGUGGUGAUAAGAAUGGAGAAUCGAAUUAUUUUCUACGAGGAUGGGGUUUCUAGAGUAUUUGCAACGGGUGAGGAGGUGACUGAUUAUGGAAUAUCCAGUGAUUCGAAGUGGAUAGCAAUUCUGUGUGGAAAUAAGGUUUUGGUGUAUGAUGUGGUGACUUCUAUGCACCUUGAUGUGCUUGAGAUGAAUGAGAAUGCAAAGUUUGUUAGGUUUUCUCCGGAUAUUGAUUUCUUACUUGUUGUAUCUGAAAGUAACGAUUUGAUUAUUUUUUCAAAUAAGAUGUUGUUUUUGGAAUGUAAUAAAUCAGAAGAUGAUGUAGUGGACUUCACAAUGUUCAAAGCAAGUACUGAUAAGCGUGAGGAGGUGUGGAAGAGAGGAAGAAGUAACUUAUGCUCAGAUAUUUUGCUAAUUAGAGGACUACAUCAGCCAUCGGAUGUAAACGAUGAGUUAACUGAUAUAACGUUAUCUGUGCAGGCAUUAGAAAAGCUUAUGGAUGAAGAGUGGAUAAAAGGGCUUUGCAAGCAAGAAGUAUUGAAGAUAAUGAACCUGAUAAUGCCACACAUGAAUACGGCAAUUGACAUUACUCAAAGGAUCUUGUUUAGUAUUCUGAGGUACAAGUCUCAUCUUUUGGAGCCGGAUGAUAUAUCUGCAUUUAAUAAGAUGUUUGGAAGUGUAUGGACUGAUUUUGAAGAAAGCAUGCUCAAGACGAUUGGGUAUCUUACUGUUGAAGCAGAAGGUUUGAUUUAG